GAGGGGCACUGGCCCCAGGGGACUGACCAAGGCUGCCUCCAGAUCCGCCCGCCUCUGCACCAGUCCCCUACGCGCCCGCUGGUCCCUGCUAGUGGCUUCUUGAGUCCCGUGGACGCUUUAAAGGGUGGACCAGUCCUCAGCUUGAAGUGAAAGUGGGAUAUCAUGGCAUCAGUAUGGACGGGGAACAGAGGGACGGUUCGAGAUUACCCAGGCUUUAACCCAUCGGCAGAUGCUGAAGCUAUCCAAAAGGCUAUCCAAGGAAUUGGAACCGAUGAGAAAACUAUUAUCCACAUUCUGACAGCAAGAUCUCACGCACAGCGGCAGUUGAUUGCUAAGGAAUAUCGUGUAGCAUCUGGAAAGGAUCUGAAAGAUGACUUGAAGAGUGAUCUCUCUGGCAACUUUGAACGUCUAAUGGUGGCCCUUAUUACUCCACCAGCCCUAUUUGAUGCGAAGCAAUUAAAGAAAGCCAUGAAGGGCUCUGGAACUGAUGAGAGUUCACUGAUUGAAAUCCUAACUACCAGGAACAGCAAACAACUGAAGGAGAUCUAUGAGGCUUAUUAUACGGCAUAUAAGAAGAGUCUUGGGGAUGACAUUAGUUCGGAGACAUCUGGAGACUUCAGGAAAGCACUGUUGACUUUGGCAAAUGGCAGACGAGAUGAAGGUCUGAAAGUGGAUGAAAAUCUUGCAAAAAAGGAUGCCCAGAUUCUUUAUGAUGCUGGUGAGAAGAAGUGGGGCACCGAUGAAGACAAAUUUACUGAGAUCCUGUGUUUAAGGAGCUUUCCUCAACUGAGACUAACAUUUGAAGAAUACAGAAAUAUCAGCCAAAAGGACAUUGAGGACAGCAUUAAGGGAGAGCUGUCAGGUCAUUUUGAAGAUUUACUGUUGGCUAUAGUUAAUUGCGUGAAGAACACACCUGCCUUUUUAGCUGAAAGACUGCAUAAGGCUUUGAAGGGCGCUGGCACUGAUGAAUUGACUCUCAAUCGAAUAAUGGUUUCCAGAUCAGAAAUUGACCUUUUGGAUAUUCGAGUAGAGUACAAGAAGCGAUACGGGUGCUCCCUCUAUUCAGCCAUUAAGCACCCUGAUGCAAAAGGACCAGUAUUGGCUUUUUUUUCACUGAAAUCCUUUACAAGGCACUGAAAAAUUGCUCAGCUGCUUCUAAUUCAAGAGAAACUUUACCAUGUAGAAAAAGGAAAUGAUAAUAAAAGGCAAUGAAGAACAACCUGAAAUGAAUAAUGAAUCUGCCCAAAGCAAACCUGUGCACUACCAUGAGGAGUCAUUCUAAUCCAAUUACACAUGUUAAUGAUUUUAUGACAUCUCUGUCCUUGCCCCAUUUCUACCGAAUUUCUCCACUUUUCUCCUUUCUGUUGGAAGCAUUGCAAUUAUACAACUUGUCAAAUAAGAUUUUCACCCAUUGGUUUAACCUACAAUAAAAUAAAAAUCACAGAGGACUUCAAGACAAACCAAGAUGAGGUUUUUCCCAGAUAAAACCUUGCAUUAUAACAAAUCUAAUAUCAUUUUGGAACCAGAAUGUUUUGGGAUGAUUUUAGAAGAAAGAGACUCAGAAAUUUGCUUAUAGAAGAUGCUGUGGGGACUAGUUCAUUCCCAUUUCUCUCUCCAAUUAAAAAGAUUAGUAUCUUUUAUUUUUUCAUCACUGUCAUCUCAAAAGGUGUUCCACUCUGCUCUCUUAUCAUGCCUUAUAACAAAGAAUAAAAAAGAGGGGAGAAAAAAAACAAGUCACUAAAACUAACCAACACAUCAGCUCUGAAGUGCUCAACAUCCAUGGUCUGUCUCCCGUCUUCAUAAAGGGUUCCUCCCCAUAUUUUAAAGACUAUCAAUUCUAUAUUAAAACUAAGAAUGGCCAAAGAAUUAUAAUAGUACAUUGACUGUCAGUUUCAGAAGGGACAUUAGACAUCAUAUAAUUCAAUCUUUGUGUAAUAUAGAUGAGGAAAUAGAUUCAGAGAAGUAAAAUAACCUGUACCAGGCACACCACUAGGAAUGGAAAGAUCUGAGCUGCCAUGAGUAGCCAAGUCUCCUGAGUACUUGGCUUUUUUUCCAUCUUUUUUUUCUUGUCUUUUUUUCCCCACCACAGUAUUUUGUCCUCAAUUUUACAGAAUUGUAUUGUUAACAUUAUUUUUAGAAAGAUUGAAUAUAUUAUCUAUGUAGCCCAAGAAGCUAUUAUACACAUGCAAUAUAUGAACAUUUGAAGUAAUUAACAUCAAUUAUAAUAAAUAGUCUCUGGUUAUAGAAUACUCAUAACAGAGGGUUCAGAAGGCAGAAUUAUGUCCAUAGUUUAUUAAAUUGGUCCCUGUUAAUGCAUUUUCCAAACAGUCUCCCUUAGAUACAG